AUGAGUAAUAGUCUAUCCUCGACAUUAUCAUCCUAUAAUCAAUCAUUCAAGAACUUUUUGUUGUCACACGAUGAUGAUGAAGACGACGACGAGGAUGACGACGACUAUGGAUACUCGGACGAUGAUGACGAUGGCGAUGACGAGGCCGACAUGCUCAUGGAUCACUUGGUAGAGGAGGAGGAGUUGGAUCUAAAAUCAAUGUAUUACUUCAAGCCGCUGGUGGAUGGCUCAGUUGCAACGUCCACGGCUUCACUUGGCAUGCAGUCCUCUCCGCCAAACAGUCAACUGAAUCAUCAACAUCAUCAACAUACAUCACCAAAGUUACAUAGAUCACCUUCAUCACCAUCAUCAUCCUCAUCACCUCCCUACACAUCACCAACACAUACUUCAUCAUCUUUAUCAUUCAGUGGCGGCGGUGGCGGAGGCAAUAGCACACCCUCCUAUAACCGCGAACAACAUCAACUACAUCAACAACAUACUACUGAUGAGGCCGACAUUAACAACAACAAGACAACAUAUCAUCUAGACUGCGACAUCUGCCUCAACUACAGACAACAUCAUCUUCAACAUCAACAUAAUCCAAAUCAUCAAUAUCAAUACCAUCACUUGAUGGACAAUGAGUUGGACUCGAACCCCAACUCGGAAUCACACUCAUCACCGCCAUCAUUCAAUCCUUUACAACUCCUGCUUCAACAAUGGUCAAAGAUAUCACGCAAGGUGUCGCUGGUGGCCAUCAAUGAAUCGCCGCCUUCAUCCAGCGCGGGCAGCAAUGGACGCGUCCACGACGACCCCUCUGGACGUCCGGGCUUGCUCUCACUACUGGUGCGUCUGGCUGUCCUGCCCUUCCUGCUCAGUGCCUCCAUCCCAUUCUUUGUCAGUGUCAUCUGCUUCUUGGUGGUGCUGUCUGCCCUAUCCCUGUCGACGUUAACAGCAUUCAUCUUCUUGCUCCUGACCACCCCAUUCUUUAUCAUUGGUAUAGUUGGUCUACUGUACGUCGCAUCGUUCCUGAUGAAUGGCAGCGUGCGUGGUGGACAUCGCACCAUCAUCGUACUUGGUGUAUCAAUACUUGAAUUGCUGAUGAAAUCGUUAGAGUCUGCACUCAACUAUCUCAUCACGACCUAUCGCAAGAUCAGUCAUCAUCAUCAACGACAUAGCCAGUAUACCCUGCGCGGUCAUCAUCCAUCAAACAGUUAA